CGUUGCUAACUGCUAUAUAUACUGAAUGCUAAGCCGCCAGAAACCCUAGGUAGAGUUCCUCUUUCUUUUGGACCUCUGGUGCUAUCUCCAUCUGCAACCGCAACAGUAGGAAAAGCUGUUAGUGGGUCUGUGAAAGUAGGCCUUCAAAAUUCGAACAUGAGUAAGCUUCAGAGUGAUGCCGUACGAGAGGCCAUCUCUACUCUCUUUAAUGGAUCCAGAGAGAAGAAGCGUAAUUUCACUGAGACUGUUGAGCUCCAGAUUGGGCUAAAAAAUUAUGAUCCCCAAAAGGAUAAGCGAUUCAGUGGUUCUGUUAAGUUGCCACAUAUUCCUCGUCCAAAGAUGAAAGUUUGCAUGCUUGGAGAUGCACAACAUGUUGAAGAGGCAGAGAAGAUUGGCUUAGAUUAUAUGGAUGUUGAAGCAUUGAAAAAGCUUAACAAAAACAAGAAAUUGGUUAAGAAGCUUGCCAAGAAAUACCAUGCCUUUCUAGCAUCUGAAGCUGUCAUUAAGCAGAUUCCCCGACUUUUGGGCCCUGGACUCAAUAAGGCAGGGAAGUUCCCAACUCUUGUUACGCAUCAAGAAACGAUUGAGUCUAAAGUUAAUGAGACGAAAGCUAUGGUUAAGUUUCAAUUGAAGAAGGUGCUUUGCAUGGGAGUGGCUGUUGGGAAUGUUGCCAUGGAGGAGAAGCAGGUCUUCCAAAAUGUUCAAAUGAGUGUUAAUUUCCUUGUUUCCUUGUUGAAGAAGAACUGGCAAAAUGUGAGGAGCUUGUCUCUUAAGACCACCAUGGGGAGACCAGUGCGCAUAUACUGAGGAGUUAUUGGCCAAGGGAGUUCUGUAAUACUUUCAAGUUUAUUUUUUUUCCCUUCCAAUUGUCACAUUUUCUUGCUGUUUAGAGGCUGUUUUACCUUUUGUUGGUUAAAUGCGUAGAUGUCGCACUUCGUUGGAGAAGUGAGGCCUAUUUUUUCGUUUUCACUUGCGCCAUGAUGCGUUGUUGAAUAUCAAGUCUAAACGUUUUGGCACUUUCAUUCCCUCUA